AUCAUCCCGAUACUUCAUCGACAUUGUUCUCUGUCUCUCUCUAUAUAUAUAUAUAUAUAUCACAGAGAGUUUAUUUUUUGUGUGUAGAAAUCCAUUUGAAUCGAAUAAUCAAACAUCUGAGAAAUUGAUUCAUCAAAAAUUCAAUAAACACCAUUUACAACAUGCAAGGCGGCGGCUCCGAAGAGCUCAGCAUAGAAGAACUUGCUUCAAAUCUCUCCACUUACAAAGACCAACUUCAACAGGUUAGAAAGCUUUUGGAUGAUGACCCUGGAAACUCUGAAUAUGUGGACAUGGAAAAGGAGCUUGCAGAGGUGAUUUCUUUGACAGAAGAACUCUUGGCAACUGCAAAGCAAAGUGAGAAUUCUGUAUUGAAUAUUGGGAUAGCUGAUUAUGCAUCUCCCAGUUUGAACAAUGCCUGGGGUUCCUCUGAGCAUGAUAAAGAACCAAGAAGCAUGUCUGACCUUUCUGACAGGUUUCCUGUUGGCACCAAAGUUCAAGCAGUUUGGAGUGAUGAUGGGGAGUGGUAUGAUGCGACAAUUGAGGCAAUUACUCCAAAUGGUUAUUUUGUUUGCUAUGAUGGGUGGGGUAAUAAAGAAGAGGUGGAUCCUGCUAACGUUAGGCCAGUUGAAGAAGGGGUUGUCAAUGCUUUGCUGGAAGCUGAGAAGGUAGCUGAAGCCACCAAACAAGAUAUCAAGCGGAAAAUUGCGCAAGCUGCUGCCUCAGACUUCCAGUCACGAACUUUACCAGAAAAGCUUCGUAUAGAUCCUAACGACCCUGAAGAUGUGAAAGCUACCAAACGUAAGAAGAUACAUGCUUUUAAGUCAAAGAUGCGACUGGAGCAACUUGAAGUCACACAGAAUAAAAGACAAAAUGCUUGGCAGCAAUUCCAGACAAACAAAGGCCGAGCUAAGAAGAUUGGUUUUUUCUCCGGUCGCAAGAAGGAGAGCAUAUUUAAGUCCCCUGAAGAUCCAAAUGGGAAAGUUGGAGUGACUGGAAGUGGGAAAGGUUUGACAGAUUUUCAGAAGAGGGAAAAGCACUUGCAUCUCAAGGGGGCAAAUGGAGACUCUGGUGAUGAAUAGACAUAUAAUUCAGUUGCUCUGAGUUUCUUCAGUGUCUGUGUGGUUUAUUCUGUAUCUGCUUCUUAGUCUAACUGGCCAAGCAAUUUGGCAGAGAAUUGCAUAUAUGAAAAGUGCACCAUCUGAGGAUUCCUCGACUUUGGAAGUGGAUUUCUAAUUAGAAUUUUUGGUUUUUCUCUUAAUCAUUCUUGGUUUUUCAUCUUCCGCUACUCAAAUAAUCCCAGCUUUCAUUUCUGGUAUUUUUUUCUUUGGGCGGGGGGUCUUGGGGUUCAAAUAUAUUCCCCUGAGAUGCUUGUUUAUUCAGGUGAUUAGGAUGCAAGGAUACUAAUUUAACAUUAACAACCAUGGAAUAGUCUGACUGAAACGGUGGUAGUUGUAUGAUA